CUUCUUACUAUACGAUCAGUAAAUCCGGAGCAUCCAAAUAUUAAACAAAUUAUUACUUAAAAUGUUCUCUAUAAAGUAUAUACUUUUGUUGGCCUCCUGCCUUAUCCUAACUGCAACAGCUUCACCCAUAGAAUUUGUAGAUAUCUAUGAAUUGGAGCCAGAAAAUUCAGAAUAUUACCAGUAUGAGCCGGUAUUAUCUCGACAAGUUAGAUCACCUCAACAUGGUAAUAUUGAUUUCGGUGUAAAACAGGAUCAAUUUGGUCGUGAAGCUUCGGUCAACUAUAACCACAAUUUGUACAGCAGCAGUGAUGGUCGUGGUUCUAUUGAUGCUUAUGCUCAAGCUUCAAGAAAUUUCGACCAUAAUCGCAAUGAUUUUGGUGGUGGCAUCAUUGGAUCUUGGAGAUUUUAAGUGAUUUAUAUUUAAUUUGAUAUAAAUAAAUAAACAGCUGAUUAAUUUAUUUUAAAUUA